CUAAAUUCGCAGCUAUGGACAUCUUAUCAAAUUCAACCAUCUCUGCAACUCCCGAAACCUUCUUAGGUAUUUAUGAUGAGUUGAGUAAAUACAAUGUUCAUCUCAACAUAUUUGAAAGACUCUGGGCGAGUUGGUAUGCCUACAUGCAAAAUGAUGUCCUCGCCACCGGUAUCAUGAGUUUUGUGAUGCAUGAAGUCUUUUACUUUGGUCGAAGUCUUCCUUGGAUUAUCAUCGAUCAAAUUCCUUAUUUCAACAAAUACAAGAUUCAAGGGAAUAAAAUCCCUACUGCCGCCGAACAAUGGACAUGUACAAAACUCGUUCUCCUCUCCCAUUUCACCGUCGAACUUCCUCAAAUUUACCUCUUCCACCCAAUGGCAAAAUACUUUGGAAUGGGUACCGAUGUUCCUUUCCCAUCUCUCUUCACCAUUGCCUAUCAAGUCGCCAUCUUUUUCGUUCUAGAAGACACCUGGCAUUAUUGGAUGCAUCGCGCCAUGCAUUACGGAUGGCUCUACAAGAAAAUCCACAAAAUUCAUCAUCAAUACUCUGCACCCUUUGGUCUCGCUGCUGAAUACGCAUCGCCAAUCGAAGUUAUGGUUCUUGGUCUCGGCACUGUCGGAUCUCCAAUUCUCUGGGUUAUGCUCACUGGAAACCUUCACAUUUUGACUAUGUAUAUUUGGAUCGUGUGCAGACUCUUCCAAGCAAUUGAUGCUCACAGUGGAUACGAAUUCCCUUGGUCAUUACAUCAUUUCUUGCCUUUCUGGGCUGGUGCUGAACAUCACGACACUCAUCAUGAGAAGUUUAUCGGAAAUUACGCAAGUAGUUUCAGAUGGUGGGAUUAUGUUUUGGAUACCGAGAGUGGACCUGAAGCUGCCAAGAGAAGAAGAGAGAGAAAGAUGGAGAAGGAAGCAAAGAUUGCAAAGAAGGCUCUGUAA